CCUCUAGAUAGCGGAGGAAGCUUAAUGGUGUGGUCCAGGCAAGCUCAGAUGUCAUAGACUCUGGAUUCAGCAAGAGGAGAGAGAUGGUCUCCUCCCAGAGAUAGGGUGAGGAUGUCAAAAUUCUGAGAAGUUCAGCUGAAGGAAGUGGACACUGGUGAAGACAAAUGAGAAACAACAGGGUGAAUAUGUGGUCUCUUCUGGUCCAGUUCCUCUCUCCCAAAUGGUAAAAUGAGGAAGUCAGGAAGCUGGAAAAAACGGAAAAGGAAUACACAGAGCCGGAAGAGGACAGCAAAGCCAACUUUCCCCACCCCCAUGCCUCUGCACUUGAAAAUUUUGCCUAUCCUCUGAUUUCCAUUCCUUGUCAUUAUUUAUUGCCCAAAAUCAAGGAACUGGGAAGUUCCAAAUGAUAGACGUACUCUCACACAAAGACUGACAGGACUCUGGUUACUGAACGUGGCACCUCUGCCAUCUCUCCCUUAGCUUCAGAAUUUAGAUUUUUCCCACUGAAAUUGCUGUACAAGGAUCUCAAGAGUCUCAGCUCCAGACUCUCCACAGCUCCAGCAUUGGCCCCAGCAUGUCCAUGAAGUAUGAGAACUUCCAGAGCUCAGAGAGUGAGAAUAAAAGCCAGUGCUUUGGAAAUGGGAUGCCUCCUCCCCAGUCCCUCCUGAAGUAUCUCUGCUCUGGCCUCCGUCCAGUCCUGCUGUCCCUGGGCCUCAGCCUCCUCCUGCUGGUCGGCAUCUGUGUGAUUGGAUCCCAAAAUUUCAAGUCUCAGAGGGACAUGGUGACUAUGAGAGCAGAGUUCAACAAUUUCUCAUCAAACACCACGGCCACUGUCCAGGCUCUGAGGUCCCAGGGUGACAAUAUGCAAGAAACCAUAACAUCACUGGGAACUGAGAUGGAGAAACACAAGCAGGAAAUACAAGCAGCCCGCGGCUUGAAUGACAAGGUGCUUUUACUGGAGACCCAGCUGGAGAAACAACACCAGGAACUGAAAGCAGGUUAUUUGGAUGUGUUUCAGCUGGCUCAGCGGCUAAUGACAGACCUGAAAUCCCUGAGGUGCGAGGUUACUGCUCUCAAGAGCAAUGGCUCCAAAACUUCCUGCUGUCCCCUUAACUGGCUGGAGUUUGAAGGCAGCUGCUACUGGUUCUCUCGCUCUGGCAAGCCCUGGGCUGAGGCUGAGAAGUACUGCCAGCUGGAGGACUCCCACCUGGUGGUCAUCAACUCCAAGGAUGAGCAGGAUUUUGUCCAGAAACAUAUAGGCUCCUCAUACACUUGGAUGGGCCUCAGUGAUCCCGAAGGAGUCUGGAAAUGGGUGGAUGGGACUGACUAUGAGACCAACUUCAAGAACUGGAGACCAGGGCAGCCAGAUGACUGGCAUGGGCAUGGACUGGGUGGAGGAGAGGAUUGUGCCCACUUCCAUCCUGAUGGCAAAUGGAAUGAUGAUGUCUGUCAACGGCUUUACCAGUGGGCCUGUGAGACCAGCCAGGGAAAACCCAGCUAGGAGAUCCUCAGAGCUGCUUCCUAGGGGCCAUUCAGCCUCAGAAAGAACAGGAAAUAGAGUGAGAAACCCUUACCUGGGGCCUUUUACAAAACCUCUGUGAAAGAGAAGGGAGAGUUUGAGGUUGGAGGUUGAAUUUCUCUUUAACUUUCAGAAGCAUAUAUAGAUUCCCUAAGGUUUUUUUUUUUUACAUAAAUUCAGAUUUAUUGUUAUACACAUAUUUUUAUGGUAUCCACAGGGCAUUUCAGGGGGCUGGGUGGUGUUGUACCUGUUUGAUAGAUCAUAUUACAAUCUACAAAGACCCAGGUUCAAGCCGGCUGUCCCUAUCUGCAGUGGAGAAGCUUCAACGGUGGUGAAGCAGUGCUGAAAGUGUCUCUCUGCCUCUCUCCCUUUCUAUCUCCUCCCUUCCUCUCAAUUUCUGGCUGUCUCUAUCCAAUAAAUAAAGAGAAUAAAAAAAAUUUAAGGGUGUUUCAAAGCCAUUUGUUUUAUGUAUACAUUUUAUAUAUACCUCACAUAUGUAUCUUUUUAAUGUAAGAGAACAUUUAACUCUAUACCCCUAAGAAAUUUCAUUUAUAUGAUAGUGUUGUUAAAUAUAGUCACUGUAUAUAUUAUACUAGCUCUUAGGACUUAACAACAUAUAUAUUUUUCCAAAUCAUUUUAUUGGGGGGUGGGGAAUAGUGGUUUACAGUUCAGCUGUUGGCACAUGGAUACAAUUUCUUUGUUACUUUUCAUUGCAUUAGAAUUAAAAAAGGGACUAAGUGCCUGCACAGUGAAUGCAGCAUUCCUUGUAGUCAUUUUAUUUCUGUUGCUUUUUUUUAGAGAGACAGAAAUGGAAGGAGAAGAGAGAGAGUCAUGCAGCACUGCUUCACUGUUUGUGAAGUCCCUUUCCGCCCUGCAGGUGGGGAGCCAGAGCUUGGACUUGCACACGGGUCCUUGAAUAUAGUAAUGUGUGUGCUCUACCGAGUGUGCCACCACCCAACCCUGACAUUAAUGAAAUUUCUCGUGACCUUAUCUUUAUCAUUUAAUAGCUGAAGGUUUGUGUCCUUUUACCAACCUCUCCUUAGUUUUUCUAACCCACCCCUUUACUGUGUUUCAAAGAGCUUGACUUUCUUCCAGAUCUAUGUCUACCAAUACGAUGUUUGUCUUUCUCUUUCUGGUGUAGCUCACUGACAAGAUGGCUCCAGGUUCACUCAUACUGUCACAAAUGCCAGGACUGUCAUCCUUUCUCUUGGUUGAACAUUAUUCUACUACAUACAUUCUCUACCCAUUCAACUACUGAUGGGCCCUUGGGUGGUGAAUACACUGAAUAGACCCUGGUGAGCAGGAGCCCCUGGGCCACCCCAUUUUCAUUUCCUUUGGACAUUUUCCUAGAAGUAAAAUCACUAGAUCAUUUAGUAGUUAUAUUUCUGUUUUGUUAUUCUGCCAUCUGGAUGGGUGAGGUGGGGGUUAUUAAAGGGCUUUUUCAUUCCAGUGCUGAACUCCUUCUAGCCUUCCUUUUAUAGGUUUUGAUUAAAAACAUAAAAGUUUAAUAAAAAAUUUUAUGGUAA